AUGGACAACACACAAACUGCCAGAAGUGAGGACGAAGUUGUUGUCACCAAGGAUAAUCGUUGGUCACCACCUCGUGCUCACUUUCCACCCAACGAAAUGUAUUCUGUUCGUCCCUCGCGCCCUCGUAUGGAAGGUACAAAACUCCAGUCAGGACUUACCCCCCCGGUGCGUCGAGGGUCGCCUUUGAAUCCCCAGAAUGUUACCCACCCAGUGGAUCCUCGUCGCCGACCUAGGCCUUCUGACGUUCUUGUCUCCUCUGAUGUCCUCAAUCGUCAUAGGCGAACAACCUCAUUCACCCAAGGAAAUUUAGGACGAUUGGACUCUGAGUUUACCCCUAUCAAUGAUAUUGGGCCUGAAGGUGGGACUUUUUCGGAUGAAUACGACCUAUACCCCAGGAUUCUUCAGGAUGUCCAACGAGCUCUCAAAAUGAAAGCUCGUCGGGAAGCUCGUUUGAAACGGGAAGCUACUUCUACUCCAGAAAAAGGGUCUGAGCAGCUACAGCCGUCUUCAGCAUUAUCGUCUACUCCUUCCAAAAAAGGUCUUCCUGCAACAUUUACCUCAUCAUCCUUUUCACCCUCCACAAAUCGUAAACUGAGUGGAAGUACGGUUUCUGAAGUUGAUUUUAGUCCUUCUACCGCAAUUCAUGAUCAAGCAAAAGAAUCACACCCGAUACCAUCCUCUAUCGAUAAUGGGACCACUUUGGACUGGACUGGUAGCAACUCGGACGAUUCGGACAAACGAUGGAUGGGAAUUGGCAGAAAGAAAGAUAGAGAAAAGCUUCCACCUUUGGAGCUCAUGGUUGCGAAACUUGCGCGAAUAAAAGAUUCUUUGUCUGCACAAACCAUCCGAAAAGCAGAAAUAACGAGCGAUCAGCUUGCGAGGCGAUACAACUUAAUAUAUGACUCCAUUGGGAAGACUGGAUCUCCGCUUAAUCUUGCUGCCGUCUCUCGGUGGUAUCAUUCCUGUCCGGAGAGCAUCAAAGCUUCGCUGGAGAAGGCAGAACCCUUCACCUGGCUUAAACAUCUAGAAAAACGUUCCUUUAAGAACACGAGGUCGAAAUGGCACCUAACUGCCUACAUCAUGAAGGAGUACAUUCUGUCAGAAAGCCGCCAUGCUCGUAUGCAGACAAUAUCCGAGGAUUUGACUGUUUCAGACCCCACGGCAUCGCUGACAAGGGCACGUUCCCCGUCGUUUGUAUCGACUUCUCGCCCUCGUGCUUUAAGCUCGUCUUUUUCCAUGAGAAUGCCUGUUGACGAACAAAUUUCUUUUGAACCUCUCGUAGAAAUCAAUCGGAGUUCCCUAGAUGCGAUAAGUAGAAAUUAUGAAUCUCGGCCAAAUAGUCUCCAUUCGGGGUCUUCCAAUACGGGUAUAUCCCCGUUAUCGCCAAUAUCUACGCGCUCCAAUGACGACGAUGUUAAGGCAGCUUUCAUUCGUCGAACGUUGGAACGACCCCGAUCUCCUGGCAGUUCCUUUUCAGGAACGUCCGACGAUGGUAAUCUUGAAAAACAUAUACCAUCAAGCUUGGUUGUACCAUCGCUCUCUGUCCAGCCUCCUUCCAGUGAAAACACCCCUCUACCUGAUCCGGAUCCCAUCUUGAAAACAAGCCUUACUGCCUCUCGCGAAAGCUCAACUUCUCAGGUUAAAUUUACACCUUCUCCAGCAAAUCAGUCUCUAUCAUCUCUGAAAACCUCUUUGAAACCUCGUCCAGCUCGGAAAGACCCGUUUGAUGACAGUCGCCCAGUCCCUAAACGCAAAAAGAUUCUCGACAGAGAGAUUAUUCUUCGUCAAGAGUACGAGAUGAAAGCCCUAAUUUCGGCUGCGAUGAAAGAUUACGAUACCAUCCAGAAUACUUCAAUGCAUUCCCAAAAUCUUACGAAACUCCAACUGCCCAAAGACCUCUUGGAAGCAUUUGGUCAUGAUCCUUCAGCUGUUACCGGUGCCACACGACGCGAUCGCGGAUGGCGGGCGGUAGAAGACAUAAACCAACGAGUUGAAAAGCAGCGCAGCGUUUUCAGAGCUUUUAUCCAAUCCUUUACUGACCAAGAGGUCAGUCGAGGUUGUAUCAUGGAUGAACCCAUGGAAAACAUCGUCGAGGCCCUUGCAUCCCUACAAUUUCAGAAGACAGAAAUCGGUCGUCAGGCUGAAAAAGUGUCGAGCGUGCUUGAAUCAGUUCAGAACAUCCACACCAGUGUGAAGGAAAAUUAUAAUUCUGCGAUGUCUCAUGUUUCAAUUGUCUAUCCAGAGCUUUCUCACAUCGUAGCUUUGGAAGAAAGCUAUAAAGAUCAAUAUCAACAGGUUUGGGAACUGGGAAUGAAUGCUUUGACUCUUCUUCUUGAUACCGUUACUCCAUUAUGGAGGACAUACGGGAAAACGAUAGGGGAGGAUGUUCGCGACUUCCUCAUUGUACCCUUGUAUCGGAACGAAUUUACUGGCGAAGCCAAAAGUUAUCCCAUAAAUUCAAUUCCUAAACGUUCCCGUCGGCAUUGGUUUGGGCUCGUCGUCUUCUUUAAUCUAUCUAUCGGAGUCAACUUUCUCCAACUGCGGGCGGCAAUUUCAUCCUCUUUGCACUUUCGACUACAUCUUAUUCCAUAUGAUGGUGUCCGAUGGAUAUCAUUACCAUUUUUUUGGUUAAUCAUUAUCAUCCAAUGGCUCGCCGUUAUUGUUGAGUUCGCCAUUGUUUUUCUGCAGCUGGGAGUCAUCACCUGGUGGUCGGGCUGGCUUGUGAAAUUCUGGGCAUGA